UUUUAGAUUUCUAACCAUCGGCGCGGAACCUCCGCUCGGGAUGGCGCCAUAGCUGGAACCCCGUUCAAUGAUCGGAGAUCCAUUUGUUGCUGUAGGAGGUCUGCGAAUAGAAGACUCCAAGAGAAACACGGGGUAAAGCCCCCACAAAUCGAGGGCGAUGGGGUCUAGUUUGUGUGGUUAUAGUAGUGAUAUCGACUCGAUUCCUUUAUCUCGGCUCAAGGCGGUGAUCAACAAAUAUGGGGGGUUUAAAAUUUACGUUUUAUUUCUCGUACCUUUUGCCCCUCGGACUUUAAAUCUUCCGAUAACAUUCAUUUAUACAGUGUUCUUUUAUCAUCGCCCACAUCCCCGGGGCAAAGUAUGGGUACUUAUACACAAACAAACGCUGUCUCUAGAACACAUGAGUGGAGUAGAGGUCAUAACCAAAGGGGGCCAGAAGAAGGAUAUAGAAGGGAUAGACAUGGCGAGCACAGAGGCCGGUGCUCUGAUCCCGCUAAUGCCCUUGUCCUUCAGCAAAUAGUAUACACAAAAGGACAUAAUCCGAAUGUCGUCGGUGGGGAAGCAUCAAAUGGCUGAAUGGUAUGCCAAUUUAGCCAUCCGAAUUCCGACCCGAAUGUCCUCCUCCACUGCUCCUGCCGUGGAGAGUAAUGAACAAGGA